GGUAACCGACAGCGGUGGGCAACGGACGAGGCUGCUGUUGUUUACAGACCAUCAUGACGUCCUUGCAGCCUUGCAGGCCACGUUACCCGCAUGCACCAGCCUGUGCGUUCCCAGCGACCCUAGUGGUACCGUUCCAUUAGAGUGGACGGUGGGACAGAGCGGGAGAGAGCGAGCGAGAAGACUCAGGGACUGCAUUCUCGGUCGGUCAGUCUUGUAUACCAAGUAUACGCCAUGUAUGGACUUCUGCUGGAAAACAUCCACGACUUCUUCAAGAGAGUGUACGGUGUGGACAUAUGGAGGAACAUCAGGAAAAGAGCGGGUAUCAGGGCCACCAGCUUCGUCCUCAACCAAUCGUAUCCAGAGACUUUCCUUCUGAGAAUUUCGACAGCAGCAUGCGAAUACACAGGAGAAACGCAGGGAGAUCUCAUGUACGACCUUGGCGUAUCACUUCUGAACUUUUACAUGCGUAGCGGGUACGAAAAGGUUCUUAAAGUAUUAGGCCGUAACAUCGCUUCCUUUAUGAAUGGUCUGGACAAUGUUCAUGAAUACUACCGCUACAAAUACCCGAAGAUCAAGCCGCCCAGCUUCUCCUGCCAAGAAGAGUCCAGUACCGGCAUCACAGUGCGAUACCGGAGCAAGCGGCCGGGCUUCCUACAUAUGGUGAGGGGUCUUCUCAAGCAGCUCAGCAAGCAGUUCUUCGAAAAAGACGUAAAAGUUGAAGUACUGUCUGAAGAAGUUAAGUUAGAAGAAAAUGCAGGGGUCACUCUCGUCCACUUCAGAGUUCACUAUGACAACACUUCUACCAUGUUGCCGGCGUUCAAACCACCCAAAAACUUGAACGAGGUCUAUCCUGUCAAAAGCAAAACCUUCUUCAAGCUCUUCCCGUUUCACAUCGUAUUCGGACGGGACAUGGUCAUCUUCAAAGUGGGACUCGCACUGCAAGAGGUUCUUCCUGAGCUGCUAGGAGAGCGAGUGAACGAUGUGUUCUUCGUCGUCCGACCACAGCACAUCGAAUUCACCUGGGACAACAUUUUGCUGCAUUCCAACAAUAUAUUCGAACUGAUCUCAGACAGCCCGGUAGAACGCAGGAAUGUCGCAUUGCCAAGCAAGGAGAAAGUGUUUAGUAAGAGCAACAAACCUCGUGGAGUGAAGAUCGAAAACAUCGAUUCAACGACUGUCAAGGUGAAAUGGAACCCGCCCAAGUCCCUCACACAACAGCAACAGAUCCACGGGUAUCAGGUGUACUACCAGAAAGUAACGCCCACUGGUGAGGCCGUGGGGAUACCGAUGCGUGUAGAUGUGUGGAACACCAAAACAACGGAAAUCUCUGUAAGUAGUUUGGAACCAGGCGCAUCGUAUGCCGUUCAAGUUGUAGGCUACACCAAGCUUGGGGAAGGGGAGCGCAGCGAAGCCCAAGUGGCAACGACACUGAAAGCUCCGGAGAUCGUACCCGUUCCUGUUGACGCACCCGAACUGAAAGACGGGUCCACGGAUCCUCAGCUGCAGGCGUAUCAGUUAACAAGUGGUGACUUAGAGGACGACUCGAAUGAGGAUGUUAAGAUACCUUCAUCUCAACAAACUUCAAACCGACACAAAAAGGCCGGUUUCUCGACGGUCUUAGAUUUACUAAAGUGGAGUGGAAAUUCAAACGCAGCUUUGGGAUGGUCAGACGAUGCCAUGAUGGGGCUGGUGGACAAAACGGACGAUGUGGAGCCGUCCAAACCGACGUCCAAGUAUCUCGGUCUGAAGGGACAGAUGAAGUACAUGCCUGAAUGGGACGCCGUGCUCUUUGUAGGCACACCAGUUAUGGAGAACCUGGAGGAUCUGUUCAACUACGGACUGUACCUGACGGACUUGUGUAUGCACGACUGUACCAGGGAGAUGGUCAUCAACGGCACCCAGCCAUCCGUCGAGUUAAAGCUAGCCGUUAACAAGGAAGCCGAGACAAAUGAUGAACUUACUGAGCUGGUCAGUAAGAUUGAAAAAGAGAAGAAAAAGGCAGACGAGCUGCUGUACAGCAUGAUUCCCAAGGCCGUCGCGGACAGACUGAGGAACGGGGAACCAGCAGUCAACGAUAUCUUCCAAGAAGUGAGCGUGUUGUUCUGCAACAUCGUGGGCUUCACGGACAUCUGCAGCCGGGUAAAACCUAUGGAGCUGGUGACGCUUCUCAACGACGCCUACACCAUCUUCGACAAUCUGACGGAACAGUAUAAUGUCUUCAAGGUGGAAACGAUCGGAGACGAGUACAUGAUUGAGUCCGGCGCGCCCAUCCCCACCCAAGCGCACGCCUUCGACGUGGCGGAUAUGUCUCUGGCCAUGCUGAACGCCAUCGGACAGCUGAGUGACCCAUGCAACGGCGAAACCAUCAAAAUCAGGAUAGGAAUGAACUCUGGUCCUGUUGUCGCUGGUGUGGUGGGACUGCGGGUGCCGCGGUACUGUCUGUUUGGUGAUACGGUCAACACAGCAUCCAGAAUGGAAAGCACUGGAGCGCCAAUGACUAUCCAGAUCACCGGAGCAGCCAGGAGAUACCUCAAGACAUCCUACAUUAUUGAAGAGAGGGGACUCAUUUCAGUUAAGGGAAAGGGGAAGAUGAAAACCUACUGGCUGAAGAUACGGCGAGAGAACGAAGACGAGGACGCUGAGUUUGACUCCGACUCCUCCGAUUCGACCAUCAUCCCCGCUCCUCAGGGGCUGGCGGCUCAGGAACCCAAGACCAAAGACAAGUGCAAGGAUGCUUCAGAGGAGAAGAAGAACAGGAAAGAGGCGAAGAGGGCCAUGGUCGACAACGACAUGUUCCUGGACGGCAGCGGCGAGGACGUUCUUCAACCUGAGACGAAACACAAUAGUCGUAACAAGUUGAGUCAAGUCUGUAGUCUGAUGUGACAAGUGGCGUCCGCAAGGUGUUUGGAAGUAUUUUUAUCUUGCGAAUUGAGCACAGGUUCAAGUUUCGAAGUUAGUACCCAGUCACAUACGUCGUACGACCGUCGUACGAUCGCAAACUGAGGGCCUUUUAAGUCGACUAGUCGCACACUCUUGGGAUAAACAUACAGAAUCCUGUAGUCAUGCUUGGGAGAAAGCUGCCUGAGAUUCUUAGCGAUGGUUGAUUCUGUCACAGCCUACUUCAAAAUACUACAACAGAAUCGUACGGCGUCCUAGAAAGACAAAUGUGACCAUGCCAUUCCUCAAAACGAUAGUUUUACCUAAAACAUUUAGGCAAAAUGUACAGGAAAAGUGAACAUGCAAUGGAUCAUUUAACGUGACGACAGGCCUAAUUAUCCAUAAGCUUCUAAAUUGUCAUCCCUAGAUAGCCAAGUCGAAGUGGUAUAAUAGGAGUCUGUAAGCAAUGUUCACAAAUACAAGAAUCUGUGUAACAAAUCUGGUAAUAGCAGAAAUACAUGUUGUAAAGGCCGCCGAGAGGGUGAGAAUUUGUAGCACAUAUCUUUAAGUGUAGUGUGUAGUUUUAGUAUAGGCUAUAAUGGGAGGGCCUAUAAUGUAGCUUCAUAUGGCUCGACCAUCCUAUCGGUCAAUGCCAGGGACGAAUCUGCGAUAUAUUCUUUGUCGAUGUACCAAUACACAUUCAUAUCCUCCAUUUCCUGUCUUUUCAAAAUCGAAACCAAAACAGGAAUCAUUGAUUAGUUAGGAAAUCAAAUGAAAACAUCAUUGCCAUAUAUAGCUGUAAACGGACAGAUCACAUGGCACCGUUGUUCAUUAUAACCGAUGUUACGUUAGUACUUCAGCACAUUCCAAUAUUGUGGAAUAAUUACUGUUAAAAUUGUUUUAACUUCUUUGCAAUGCCAACAAUGAAAAUCAAUGCAUCACACUGUGCAUGCGCAACUUAAACCAUGAACCAGCUUAUAAAAACACGUUAACAUCUGCCUACACAUACAUAAAGGUUGCAGUACUAUUCACAAAUCAGAAUACGAUGUCAGGACGAUGUACAAAUGGUAAGGUGGUUGUCUUCUGAAGUGAUAGUAUGUUAAGAGAAUACAAUUGUCACAUAUUGUUGGAUAACCAAACGACACACUGUCAGUUACACUGAUAGAUAGAUUAACAUACAACAUACAUAGAUAUUUUCAACACUUCAGUCAAUGUACUGUUAUCACUGAUGAGCAUGAAGGCAUGCACUAGAUGUUCGUGAUUGAUGCUACUUGAAAUAUGACACCGACACACUUUACGUUUUUGUUCCAUUUACAAUCAAGCCAAGGGCACUGAGUAAGUACGUUUCCUACCAAAAGAAAUUGUUUCGAAUAUAGGAAUUCCACCAAACCAAUAAAAAUGAACGCAGAAUCUCAUAUAUAACAUUCCAUCCUUUGCGGUCAAAAGAUAGCAUAGUCUGUGUAUCUUCGGUCUUGCUCUAGAUAUUCUGUGUGAUCCGAUCAUUUCUACCUGGAAUUUCUUUAGGCUCACUAGUUUUUGAAAAGUUAUAUGUAGAUUUUAUCCGAGAAUAGCCAAGAUAGGUCAGGAGCAAGCUUAGGUCGUCUUUGUCACCGACAUUUUCUGACAUGUCGACUACAAACGUUACAUCAGUUGGAAAUCAUAACAGGACUUCAUGGUUUCUAAAAUGAUAUUCAACUCUUUAUUUUGUAAUUAACUUUGUUAUGUUAACUACCUGUGGUGCUUGUCGUUGUUAGGUUAUUGUUUGUAUGUAAAUUGAACCAAUGUUCUUUACGUUAGAGAAUCAACUUUCAGUUGAACAUGUUAUGGUUACGUUAUGAUGUGUGAUGAUUGUCAUAGUUCGAAUUCUCAAUGUUCAUCUACUUCUGACUCAAGCAGUGAAUGAUUUCCCUGCUCUUUAUUGCACCGUGUAUAUGUCUUUAUGUACGAAUGAUGGUCUUUAAUAAAAGAUCUGGUCUCAUA